AUGCGAAGAGGAGAGGGAUGUGAAAAAUCUCAAGAAAAACAGGAGAAGACUGGAACUAAUGAAAAGUUCCGAGUACAUCAUUUGAAAUGCUAUCAUGGAGUACAGAAAAAGGAGGAAGUAGCGAGGUUAAUGAAGGAUUCGGGUCCUGGAACGUUCCUUGUCCGAUCAUCAUUCUUACGAUCUGAAGUUGCUCUUGGAUUGUUUUUGUCGGUGAAAGUUGGAGUUGGAGAAGUCGAUUGUAUUCAUCAUUAUCUCAUCGAUUGUCGAUCAGGAGAGUAUUAUCUAAUUCAAGAAUUCAAAGAUAAUAAAGAAAAUGGAAAAUCGGUGACUGUCGAAUCGAAACCUUUUCCGACGCUCGAGGAAAUGAUUGAAUACUAUCAACAUCAUCGUCUCGCAUGCAAAAUCCGAUUGGGAAGACCAUUGAAACGACCUCCGUGGCAGUUGAGACACAAUCAAGUCCGAUAUGAUGAUUCUGGAAAACUUGGAUCUGGAAAUUUCUGUAUUGUUUACAAAGGAAAGCUGGUGAAAAAGGAUGGAGAGGUGAAGGAUGUGGCAAUCAAGGUGUCAAAGGAUACGGAUAAAGAAUCGGCGGCACUGAUGGAAACCAGAAAUUUGUUGUUUGCAGAAGCAAGAAUUAUGAUGAAUUAUAAGCAUGCAAACGUUAUUUUGCUCUACGGCCUCGCCUGUGAUCUUCCUCCAUUCAUGGUCUGUAUGGAAUUCUGUGCUGGUGGAAGUCUGGAAGAUGCUCUGAAAAAGUUUGGAAAGGAUAUGGAGGAGUUCGAAAGACAGAUUCUUCUUAUUGACGCAGCUCGUGGCAUGAGAUAUCUCCAUUACCAAAAGUGUGUUCAUCGUGACCUGGCAUCCAGAAACUGCUUGAUUUCUUCCGAAGGCAACGUUAAAAUUGCGGAUUUCGGAUUGAGUAAAACUUUGGAAAAGAAUCAGACGGCGUUCAAAGAGGCUCUCAAAGAAGCACCACUUGCAUGGUUGGCUCCAGAAUGCAUUCAGCGUGAAUCAGAAUUCUCAAUCAAAACCGACGUCUGGGCAUUUGGAGUGGUUAUCUUCGAAGUCUACAACAAUGGAGCAAAACUAUUUAAUGGAGAAGAAGACACUGCAAUCAUUCGAAAAAUCAAGAGAGCCAAUAUGCCAACAAUUGAAAAUCGUACAAAAUUACCGAGUAUGCAAGCGGUUCUCAGCUCGAUUUGGACAAGAAAACCGGACGAUCGACCGGAUUUUCAGAAAGUUCUAGAACAACUUGUUGCUGCUCUUGUCCCUAUUCAACAGUCGGAUCUGAAACGAAUGCAGAUUAAUAAUCUGAAAGGAGUCUCGAGAACUCAAUUGCCGAACACAAGUCUGGAGAUGGAAGUUGUGGUGAACGAGGAGCAAGAACAGGAUGGGUCAUCGGAGAAGAAUCGGAAUAAAUCAAGAAAUGGAGAGAUGCAAAAAAAGAAAACAGCGAAUCGAAAAGAGCGGAACAGUGCAAAAAGAACCACCAGAGAGGAUCCACCAAAGACAAGAAAGUCAGUUCCACUUCGUCAUACAAUUCGGAAUCAGCCUGGAGCCCCGUCGGAGUGA